CGUGCCACAGGCACGGUGGCGGUUUAGACUUUUUUGAUGACUUCGUCGGUGCUUUGGGCCUCAAAGCGCUGGAGCGGAAGCGGCUUCUGGCGCGCCUGCAGGGUGGCGGUGCCGCUGUCCAGAGCUCGAAAGCGUCGGCGGAGUCGCCUGGCGACGGCGCGCCUCUCGACGUGCCCGGGCUCAGCGAGGUCUUCGACAAGGCCCAGCUCUCCGAGCACUGCCCGCAAGCCACGUCAUGGUGCCUGCAGCAGGGCCUGACGAGCCUCGCUGCCGCGGCAGCGCAGGUGGACCAGCUGGUGCCCAGCCUCGGGCUGAAGCCGCUGGAGCAGAAACGGCUCCGGAAGCUGCUGCAGGACCAAGCUGCAACGGCACCACCGCCAGCGCCAGAGGUUGCCGAGCAGACGUCAGGGGCGGCGGCGGCGGCGGCGGCGGAGCCUGCCAGUCCACUGCGUUUGGAGGAGCUGAUGCAGGAGGCCCAGCUCGACGCUCAGCACGUAGCCGCCGCGCUGGCGUGGUGCCGGGAUUCCGGCUGUGCCUUGUUGCCCGAGCUGCUCGACAAGAGCGGCGACCUCGGCGCACACCUCAAACUGAAGCCUCUGGAGGUCAAGCGCCUCAAGAAGGCGAUUGGCACUGCCGCGGCGGCAGAGCCAGACGGCCCAGCCGUGCCGGCGUCAGCGCCCGCCACCGCCACCCCAGAGCCCCUGGAGGUCACGCAGGCUUCGGAGCCCGUGCCAGCGUUGGCCGUGGCAGGCCAGCAGCCGGCAGCCCCGCCGCCCGAGUCGAGCGACGCGAGGCUCAUGCUCGCCGCCCGCACGGAGAUUAUGGCGAUGAAGGGCGAGCUGGAGAGGCUCCAGGGCGAGGUCGUGAGCACGAACGUGCGCGCGACAGCGGACGUCGCCGAGGCCAAGGGGCGCAUCUCGUCCCUGACGUCAGAACUGGAGGCGCUGCGCGCCGCGCACGCCGAGAGACUGUCGGCGGUCGGCGCCGCGGAGGCGGAGGCGCAGAGACUGCGCGCGGAGGGCCACGCCGAGGCGAGGCAGGCGAGCGAGAGAUGCGCCGAGCUGCAGCAGGAGCUGCGCGAGCUCGCGGAGCGCCGCGCGAGCGACACCACCGCCGAGGAGGCCGCGCUGGCCAAGGCGCGCGGAGAGUCGGCAGAGCUGUCCCUGCAGGCCGAGGCGCAGCGCGAGGACGGCCAGCGCAGGCUGCGCGAGGCAGAGGAGGCGGUGGCCUCGGCCAAGGCAGCGGGGGCGGAGGACGUCAGCCGGAGCGAGGCGGCCUCGCAGCAGGCGCAGCGGGCGCUCGAGGGCAAGCUGGCCGCCCUCCGCGAGGAGGCCGGGCGGGAAGCCGAGGCACGCGCAGAGGAGCUCGGCCUAGAGCAGGCGGCCGUGCGGUCCUCCCGCGAGCGCGCGGUGGAGAUCGGCGGCGAGCUGGAGGCCCAAAGGGCUGCGCACGACGAGGAGCUGCGCAUGAGGGAGGCCGCGCUGCUGGCGUCGGCGCAGGCCGCGGCGAGGCUGUCGGAGGAGGCCGCCGAGCUCAAGGCCAGCGGCGCCGAGGAGGCCGGCCGCCUGAGGGCGGCCGUCCUCGCCGCCGAGGAAGCCUCGGCCGCGCUCCGCUCUCAGGCGACGAGGUUGGAGGCGGAGCUCGCACGGGAGAGGCAGGCCUUGGAGGGCGACGCAGCCGCCGCGUCAAGGGCGGCAGCCGAACUCUCCACGGCGCUGGAGCGACUGAGGGAGGAGAGCGCCGAAGAUCAGAAGGGCGCACGGGCUGCCGCCGCCGACGCGGGCGAGCGCGAGCGUGGGCUGAAGGCCGAGGUGGAGAGCAGGGACGCGGACCUGGCCAGGGCUUCUGGCAGGGCUUCGCAGUUGCUCACCGAGGUCGAGAAGCUGCGCGCGGAGCUGGCGCAGGAGGUGGAGCAUCGAAAGAAAGCAUCGGGAAGAGCGAAGGCGGACGCGGCGGAGCUGGGGGAGAAGCUGAAACACUGGAGGGACGAGCACGCCGCCGAGAGGCGCCAGCGGGAGGCUGCCGCGGCAGCAGCGGGCAAGGAGCAGGAGGAGCUGGCAUCCAAGCUGAGGACCCUGCAGAGCAGCCUCGAGGAGGAGGGCCAGGCUGGCAAGGCGGCGGCGGCGAAGUCGGCGGAGGCGAAGGAGGAGCUGAAGGCAGAGCUGGCCAGGUGGCAGGCCAUGCACGCCGAAGAGGUCGGCAAGUCGAGGGCCGUGGCCGCUGCCGCAUCGGGCGAGACGGAGCAGCUGUCGGAGGAGCUGGAGCGGUGGCGGGCGGCGCACGCCGACGAGGCGGAGCGCAGGGAGCGGGAUGCCGCCGACGCCGCGGGCCGCGCCGCCGGGCUGAAGGCCGAGCUCGAUCGGCAGGCCGGCGCCCACGCCGAGGAGGUCGCCCAGAGGGCGGAGGCCGCUACCGCGGCCGCGGCCGAGCUGGCCGAGGCGAGGGCCGAGGCGGACGGGCUCCGGCUCGAGCGCGCGCAGGAGGCGGGGCGUUGGGAGGCCGACGGGGAGCUGGCGGCGCGCGGCGCGGCCGAGGCGCGGUCGCGGGCGGAGGUGCUGAGCGGCGAGCUGGAGGCUGAGAUCGGCCGCUGCCGGGCCACCGCCGAGGGUGCGGCCCGUGAGCAGGCGCGGCUCGAGGCCGCCGCGGAGCGCUGGCGGGGGGAGCACGCCGAGGAGGCGUCCCUGAGGGCGGCAGACCAGGGGAGGGCGGCCACGGAUGUAGCGAGGUUGCAGGCCGAUCUUGAGGAGAGGCAGAACGACCUCCUCCAGCAGCAGGGCCGCAGCGAGGCCGCCGAGGCGGACGCGCAGAGGAAGCUGGCGGCCCUGCAAGAGGAGCUGGCUCGCACGCGGAAGGCGCACGCCAGGGCGGCUGAGCAGAGAGAGCGGGACGUUGAGGCGGCCUCCGGGAACGCUUCGCAGCUGGCCGCCCAGAUGGACAGGCUGCGCUCUGAGCACACAGAGGAACUGCUGCGCGCUGAGGCGAAGGAACAGGUUGUAAAGCACGAGGAGGCCGUGCUGGAGAAGAAGGUCCAGAGGUGGAGCCAGGAGCACGCCGUGGAGCUAAAGGGUCGGGUGGCCGACUCGGAGAGGGCCUCCAGGGAGCGGGACGAGCUGGAGUCGAAGCUAAAGGCUGUGCAGAGCGACCUUCAGAGGGACGUUGAGCGCUGGCAGUCGGAGCACGCCAGCGAGGCCGAGCGCGCUGGCACGGCGCGCGCCGCCGCGGCGGAGGAGGUGGCACGGCUCGCGGGGGAGGCCGAGAGGUGGCACAGCGAGUACGCCGACGAGGCCGAGCGCCGCAGGAGGGAGGCCGAGGAGGCCGCCAGGCGCCUUGCUGGGCUCGAGGCCGAGCUCAGCGAGAAGCGCAGUGCGCUGGCGGAUGAGGCCGAGCGUGCCGCGGCGGCCGCAGCCGACGCCGAGGCGCAGCUGGGGCGGCUGCGGGAACAGGGCGACGAGCUGCGGCGGCAGUUGGCGGACAGCUCGGUGCACUGGGAGGGCGACAGGGCACAGGCGUCCCGCCACGAGGCCAAGCUGCUCGCCGAGGUGGGCCAAAUGCGCUCCGAGCUCAUCGCCGAGGCGGAGCGCCAGAGGGAGGCGGCCGACGAGGCCGCCCAGGAGCACGCGGCCUUGGGCGCGGAGGUAGGCAGGUGGAGGCAGGAGCACGCCGAGGAGGCAGCCCGGCGGGCUGCAGAGGCGGAGGGGGCCAGCGAUGGCGCAGCGCAGCUGCGCGCCGAGCUGGAACGUGUGCGAACGGAGCUGUCGAAGGCCGAGGAGGCCGCGAACUCGCACGCAGACGAGGUGGAGCGGUGGCGCACGGAGCUGGCGGGCGAGCGGGAGUGUCGCGAAGCAGAUGCUUCGGCAGCGCGCGACGAGGAGGCGGAGCUGACUUCGAUGCUGCAGGAGGCCCGGGACAUGCUCGCGGAGGAGAGCCAGGCCGGCGAGGCAGCGGCGACCAGUGCCGCAGGCGUUGCCGCAGCCCUGACGUCGGAGGUGGAAGAGUGGCGGUCGGAGUGCGCGAGGGAGAGGGAGCGCGGGGAGGCCACCGUGGCAAAAGCCUCUGGAGACACGAGCAGCCUGGCCAGGGAACUCGAGCGCUGGCGGCAGGAGCACUCGGAGGAGGCUCGUCUCAGGAGGGAUGGCGCCUCCGAGGCGGCGUUGGAGCGAGAUCGCCUCCAGGCCGAGGCGGCAGAGGAGCGCGCCAGGCGCGCGCGGGACGAGCGCGCCGCAGAGGAGGGGGCCGAGAGAUCGGCUGGGGAGUUGGCCGGCCUCGCCGCCGAGCUGGAGCAGGUCAGGAGGGACCUCGACGGCGAGAGAGAGCAGGGCCGAGCGGCAUCUGCCAGGGCGCGGGAGGACGUCGCGGCGCUCGAGGCGGAGGCCUCUGGCUGGCGGCAGAGGCACGAGGAGGAAGCGGGCCUCCGCGAGCGGGGGGCCAGGGAGGCGGCCGAGGAGUCCGCCAGGCUCGCCGGGGAGGUGGAGCGCGCACGGCGGGAGGCGGCGGAGGAGGCACGCCGCCGGGAGGCCGCGGAGGAGGCCGCGCGCACGGAGAGGGAGCGCAGGGCGGCCGGCGACGCCGAGGCGGCGAGCGAGCAGGCCGCACUGCGCGAGGGGGCGGAGCGGCAGAGUGUGGCGCUGGCGGGCCUGGAGGCCGCCGCGGAGGCGCAGAGGGCGGAGCUGCGGCAGCAGCUGGCGGAGCUGGGGGAGCAGCUGGCGCAGGCCCGGGGGGAGGCCGCCGAGGAGCGGGAGGCGGCCGAGGGCCACGCGGCCAGGGCCCUGGAGCUCUCCGCCGGCGCGGGCCGCCUGCGCGCUGAGUGCGCCGAGAAGGGGGAGGAGGGCCGGGCCCUGUCGGCUCAGGCCGCGCGGGACGCGGCGGGCGCCGCGGCGGAGGUGGAGGCCCUGCAGCAGGCCCAGGCCGAGCAGGCCAGCCGUUACGAGGAGCAGCUGAGCAGCCACCGCGAGAGGCUCCUCCAGGUGGAGAGGGACUUGGCUGGGGAGCAGUCGCAGGCCAGGCUGGCCUGCCAGGAGGCGUCCCGCCUGCGCGAGGAGAUGACGCGCGUGAGGUCUGGCGCGUCUGGCGAGGCUGCGAAGCUGCAAGCGGAGCUCACGCAGCUCAUGGGCGCCGCCGUGCCCGCCGAGGUGCCUGCGAAGCCCGCUCAGGCCCAGGAGGAGCUUGCGGCACCAGUGUCCCCUCCAGGGCAGCCUCCAAAGCCGGCAGAGCCAGCUGUGAAGCAGCCGCCCGCGCCCCCGCCGGCGCAGCUUCCGCAGCUGGCGGAAGCACCCGUGCAGCAGCCGCCAGUCGUCCCUGAGGAAAAUGAGCUGGUGCCCGGCCUGAGCGCCGCGAUGCGGGACGCAGGCCUCGCUGGCGCUGUGGGCGCGGCCCAAGACUGGUGCAGGGAGCAGGGUGCGGAGCUGCUGGAGGAGGUGGCCGAGUUCUUCGACGACUUCGCGGAGGGCGUGGGCCUCGAAGCGGAGGGAAAGGCACGGCUGCUCGACCGCCUGCGCAUGGAGGAUCCCAAAUACGCGGAGGCCAAGCGGCUCGUCGAGCAGACGGCCGCGGAGCUGUCGCGCCUGAGUGCGGAGGCCAAGAAGGCACCCAAGAAAACCAAGGGGGCGAUCCUGACGCAGAUCAAGGAGCUGGAGGCGUCGGAUGCCUACCUGGCCGCGAGGCGCCUCCUCGAGGACCCGGCCGCAGAGGAGGAGCGGCGCAAGCGGGAGCGGUGCGAGGCGGCCGAGGCCAAGGCCCGCGACGCGCUCUCGCGGCGCGACUUGUCCGCCGCCACCGUGGCGCUGGCGGAGUUCCGGGCGGCUGGCGGGGUCAGCGGCCACGAGGCCGGGUCUAUCGCGGCCGACGUGGCGGCGCUCCGGUCUGCUGUGGCGGCGGAGCAGGCCGCCGCUUCCAAGGGCGGGCCAAGCGGCGACGAGCAGAAGAGGCGUAUGGAGCUGCGCAGGACGAAGUCCAGGCGCGAGUUCGCGUUCGACGCUCCAUGCGGUGCAGAGCUCGAGGGGGCGCGCGUCCUGAAGCUUCGGGUGGAUCCUGCGCUCGGGCCGGGCAUCGAGGCCCGCGCGACCUGGUACGGCAUGGUCGUCGAUGAGGUGGACGAGGAGCCAGGUCAGCCUGGCCUCGGGGUGGGUGACUGCAUUGUCGCCAUGGGCGGUGUCUCGCUCCAGGAGCAGGACGACUGCGAGCCGCUGUACAUCGACGCCCUCGACGACGAGGUGGAGGUCGAGGUCGAGCCGCACUGCGUCGUCCGGGGGGCUGUGCCGCCAGGGUCUACGGUGGACUGGGAGGCCCUCGAGGGGGACCUGGCUGCGUUCUCGGAGGACUACCAGGUCGAGCUGAAGGUGGCGGCCGACAGGAGGGAGCUGCGGCUGAGCGGGCCACGGCACUCGGUGGCCGCUGCGCGGGAGGACGCGCUGGAGCUCGUGGCCGCAUACUUCCCCGUGUGACGGCCAGGCUUCCCGGCUGCGCCGCGCUGCAGCGGGAUGCGCUGGGGAGCAGCCGUGAGGGGGAUAGCAGGUCUGCAUCAGCCCGUCACGUCGCAAAGUCGUUGCAAGCUUGCACGGCCGCUUGUAGUGCUGCCUCUGGUGUGGCAAGGCAGCGAAGCGUACCAUCUAGCUUGGCUUGCCGUCCGCUAGCCUUCUCACCAUGUCUGUAGAGCUAGGAGUAGGUCUGGUGUCCUGUAUCGCUUGCUCGUGAAACCUUCGGAUUGUGUUCAAGGCGCGGCUUGGAGUGAGACCUGUGCGCUU